AUGACCCCACAGGCUUCAAUGGGCAAUUUUAAAGUGAUAUUCUUCACAAAGGGUUCAUUUGUAAAAGAUCCCAAGAUACGAUACGAGGGUGGAAAUGUGUUUGCCGUUACUGGUCAAGAUCCAUAUAUUUGGUCAUAUUUCGAAGCUAUAGAUUUAGUUAAAGGGAUUACUCCUGAUUUUGAUGCUAGCAAAGUCACGAUGUGGUGGAAACAUGAUGGUGGCAGCUUUGAAGCAGAUUUGAAACCAUUUAGGGAUGAUGGAGAUGUUGUUGAGCUGGGUGUGUAUGCGUAUGCAAACGAUGUUGAUGUUGAGAUAUAUAGUGAGGAAAAACCAGAGACAGGAGAGGCAACAUUCAUGGAGAAGGUUAUAGAUAAAGGAAAGGGAAGAAAGAGAGAUGAGGUUGAGUAUGAAUCUAGUGAUGAAUCAGUCAAGGAUGUACACUUUGAAGACAGUGAGGAGGAAAGGAUGAAGGAAUCUGAUGAUGGGAUUGAAGUUGAAGAUGAUGGUGUAGAUGAAGGUAUUCAUGGAGGCGAUGAUGGGCAGGCAGAAGGAGCUGAUGAUGGGCAGGCUAGUGAAAAGCCAGAUAACAUUUUUAUCACAGAUGAGAUGGGUAAAGAGCAUGUAAUUGAUGAAGAAUACCUCACUGAUGAACUGGAUAGUGGGGCAGAUGAUGACAGUUGUGAUGAUAGACCAACUACAAUUAGGUUCAAAGAAGAUGAUGGUUUGAGUAAGAACUUCAAAUUCAAGGUUGGGAUGGAAUUCUCUUCACUCAAACAGUUUAAGAAAGUAGUCCUAGAGCACAAUGUGUUGAAUGGGAGAGAAGUGAAGUUUGAAAAGAAUGAUGCUGAUAGGUGUAGGGUGGUAUGUAAUGAAAAGAAGAUAUGUAACUAUACUGUCUUGUGUAGUAGGGUUUUGAAGACUACCACUUUUAGGAUCAAGACUUUGUUUCACAAGCACAAGUGUGGAAGGCAUUUCUUUAACAAAAGUGCCAAAGCUGAAUGGGUUGCAAAGGUGAUAGUUGAUGGUUUGAAGAACAAUACAAAAAUGAAGUUGAAUGAGGUUGUGGCAGAUGUAAGGCUUAAGUAUGCAACUGAAAUUCCUGGAUGUAGAGCUUUCAAAGCAAGACAGUUGGCUAGAAGAAUAGUGGAAGGUGACUCUAGCAAGCAGUAUAGUUUAUUAUGGUCAUAUGGUGCUGAGUUGAGAAGAGAAUCAUCAGGAAAUACUUUCAAGUUAAACACUAUGACACCUGCUCCUGGGCUGCAACCUAGAUUUGAGAGAUGUUACAUGUGCUUUGAUGGAAGCAAAAAGGCUCUGAUAAAAGCUUGCAGACCUUUCAUUGGUUUAGAUGGCUGUCACUUGAAAAACAAGUAUGGUGGUAUACUACUAAUUGCAGUUGGACGUGACCCUAAUGAUCAAUACCUGCCUAUUGCUUUUGGUGUUGUGGAGACAGAAUCAAAGGACACUUGGAGUUGGUUUAUGAAGUUGCUCAUUGAAGACAUUGGAGAACAAAGAUGGUGUUUUAUUUCUGAUCAGCAAAAGGGCCUGGUAAAUGUAUUUGAAGAAGAGUACCCAGGGCUGGAACACAGGUUUUGCCUACGUCAUUUGUAUGCAAACUUCAAGAAGAAGUUUGGAGGAGGAACCUUAUUUAGAGACUUAAUGAUGGCUGCUGCUAAGUCCACUUAUUAUGAAGCACAUGAAGCUAAAAUGCUUGAAAUAAAGAAUGCAAGCUUGGAAGCAUAUGAAUAG